GUUUUCAUCCUCAUUUUUUCAAGAAAUGCCCAUAAACGGACAUGCUCUGCAACUGCUCUGUUCUUCGCCCUCCUUGUUUUCUUGUUGAAACAUUGGAGCUUCGUAUCUUUUCCGCCUCUGUGUUUGCGUACGCAUAAUAUAAAAACGAUCACUGUCGCGUACUCCGCUUAGAGAAAGGCGAUUGACAGAGCGAAGGAUAUAGAACGAGAGAAAGACACAGCUUGAGGACGGUUCUCUGUUCUCUCUGUUUCUUGUUCUUGUCCGUCACGUGCAGAGAGAAUCAGAGCCGGAAACCACCCUCGAAUCCGCGGAAAUCGAGCGAAACUUUCAUCGACGACCAAAAGGGUCUUUGAAGAUGGGUGGUAUAUGGUGAAAUUUGGAUUGAUUGGUCGCUCGAUUGAAUCGAAGAAAUGGCAUGCAGCUCGAUAGAAAUGCAGGAGCCGAGCAUCCAGACGGACAACCUCAGCUACGAGAUCUUCUCAAUCCUCGAGACCAACUUCCUCUUUGGCUACGGCGACCAAGACCAGAAGAAGCUCUUCGUCCCCAGACACAUACCCGAGACACAGCCCCAAGAACCAAAGCCUCACGAAGAUCUCCCACCAAAUCAUCACGAGGUUGACGCCACGGUGACAGACCGGCGAGGGAAGAUCUGCAUACUUACCGUUGAUGGUGGCGGAGGCGUCAUGCGAGGUCUCAUCUUUGGCAAGGCCUUGGCCUAUCUGGAGGGCGUGCUCAAGGCCAAGUCCGGCAAUCCCGACGCCCGAAUCGCCGACUAUUUCGACAUCGCCGCAGGCUCUGGGGUUGGUGGCAUCUUGGCCGCCAUGCUCUUUGCGACCGGGGACCGAGGCCCGCCACGACGUCCCAUCUCCGAGGCCGAGGACACGUGGCGUUUCCUCGCGGACAAAGGUAGUCGGGGCUUGGAGCUUCCCUCCAAGGGUGGGGGCGGAUUUUUGCGGCGCGUGCUCCGUGGCGGCUCUGGUGGUCAGGCGGCGUCAGCGGCCGCCAUGGAGAAGGCGAUGAAAGAGGUGUUCAGCGUCAGCGAAGGGAAGGGCAGGAGGUUUCUGACGUUGAAGGACACGGUGAAGCCGGUCCUGAUCACGUGCUACGACCUGUUGACGGCGUCCCCGUUCCUGUUCUCGCGGGCCGAUGCGCUCGGGGCCGACAGCUACGACUUCAGGCUCUGGGAGGUGUGCCGGGCCACGUUGGCAGAGCCGGGGUCGUUUGGGCCGGUGGAGAUGCGGUCCAUGGACGGCAAGACGCGGUGCGUGGCGGUGGACGGGGCACUGGGGAUGAGCAACCCGACGGCGGCGGCCAUGACGCACGUGCUGCACAACAAGCGGGAUUUCGCGGACGUGCGGGGUGUGGAGGACUUGCUGGUGCUGUCGAUAGGGGUGGGGCCGGCAGCAGAGCCGAGAUUGGAGUACGAGAAGGUGAGGAAGUGGGGGGCCAAGGAGUGGGCUCGGCCGGUGGCCCGGAUCGCUGGGGAUGCGUCGGCGGACGUGGUUGACCAGGCCGUGGCCUUGGCGUUCGGUCCGGGCAGGAGCAGCAAUUACCUAAGGAUCCAGGUGAACGGCUCCAGCCUUGGCCAGGGCGGGCGUGAUGUGGAUAUGGUCCGGAGCCCCGACAAUGUGAAGGUGGUGACGGCGAUGGCGGACGGCAUGCUGAAACAGAAGAACGUCGAGUCGGUGCUCUUCGGGGGCAAGAGGGUGUCGGGGCAGAGCAAUUACGAGAAGCUGGACUGGUUCGCCGGCGAGCUCGUGCAGGAGCAUCAGAGGAGGAGCCGCGGUGUCGCUCCCGCCGUCGCUCUCAAGCAAGCUGCUCCUGAGCUCACCUAGACUGUGGUAUCCCAAAAAAAUUUGUGAGAUCAUUCCAAAAGAAAGGUAACUUGUUUUCCCAAUAUAAUCAUUACUUCGUAUCUACGAACUGAUCAAAGUAGAUUGCAAAUUUCUUAACAAAACCUCGUCUCAACACUAACCUUAACGAGAUCGAUAGUAAUGCUAGAGAAUAUAUCUUUCUGAUCAACGGGAAACAAAGUUUUAUCAGUUGCACGAUAGAUUUGAUUUCA